UUCAGUUAAAUUCACAAAACCUAAAGCUACAAAGGGACCCGCUGCUGUCUCAUGAGUAAAAGUUUGCACAAUCGUUAAAGUCGAAACACUAACCGAAACGGACUUGGGCACAUCUGCUUAUUCGCUACACAUAGGCCUGACCCCCGGUAGAAUACGCUGUCUAACGAUGAAGUCUUUGAUUACUUAUAUUUUUAUAGUGGUGUCCGCUUGGUACGGUGUUUCAUCCACCGACGAUAGUCGGUGUGAUUAUCAAUCAGGACCACCAGGAAGAUUCGGGUGUGUUUCUCUCCCAGAGCACGGAUACACAGGCCGCAAGCAGUUUGCCAAUUGCCUAUCAAACGCCUACAUUAGACAGAAGUCGGGAGGACGCCAUGUCUGUGUGAAUAGUCGGGCAACCUUCUGUUGGUAUCAGUGCAUGCUGGAGGUGCACAAUAUUGAAUCCGGACGUGUUACGGAUGACUGUGCCUGUGAGGAUAAUGAGAUACUGCCGACCGUCGAUCUGCCUCAGGACUGCUACAGCCCCGACGGCAGUAACUGCGCAUGGUACAGGGAAUGUCUGGAACGCCGGCAUCAGUGUGCCGGCAGCGGCAGUGACUACGCCAUUCAGUAUGCUGAGCAUUUCUGCGGCUUGUACGUCCAAAGCAGCGGCUCCUUCUCAUCGCAGGGUCGCGCGUGGAUCGACGCUGUGCGGAAGUGCCUGCAGGUGGCACUGGUGCCGGCAAUUCGACCGUAUUAUAAAGGAAACUGUAACGAAAUCAAGAAAACAGCAUUCGCUUCGCAUGCUGCUUGUUAUCUGCGCCCGGAUGCCGCAUCACCAGGCAUCUGUGAUUUGAAUCCGCGCGACUGGUGGAGGGUGUUUUGGACGGUGAAGGGAGCAAUUAUUUCCAAAGACUGGUACCGCGCCUUGUGGGAAAUGGCUUCAGUGGGUGGGGCUUGCGCCGGUCAACUUGCUCUGGAUGCACUGACCAAGGUGGACUCCGUGGUAUCUCAAGUCUUGGUUCUGGGCGAAGCACCCCGCUUGCGUUUAUCGGCUCGUCAGGUAAACGAAACGGAUCAGGGAUUGGAGCUGGACAGGAAGUGGGAAGUCGUCGAGAAGGCCGCUAAGGGUGCUGCAGAGUAUCUACACUGGAACAGAGAUGAGCGGUUUGAUUGGUUUGCGUUCACGACGGAAGAUGAAGGCUCAACUGCGGCGAAUUUCUCGGUGCAUUUCUGGUUCCGCAGCAGCAACGCCAGUAACACCGAAAAUGUCCAGGAUGAAGCCCAGAAAUUUGAGAGCUGGAUUGCAUCCGGUAAAGACCAACUGUCGUUCGAAGUUGCCGGUACGCGGUUCAAAGCUAUGGGAAUCAGCACGUGCAACGAUUCUAUGUGCGCAAAUGUUACGAAGUUUGUUGAAUUUGCUUCGAGUUCGAGCAGUGCCAGUUUGAUCACAGCUGCUUAUUAUGCUGCUAUACCACUCAUUGCAGGACAGAUUUUGGUAGCCAUUGCUGCAUUUUUCCGAUAGUUAACCGUUAAUCGAAGGUUAAUCGAAUGUGGCUAUAGUAAGUUUCGAAAGCGUUUAACAUACGCGGAAGUACGUAAAACCGAACUCAGUUAAGUACUAUACGUGAUACCAGUGCCGGUAAAAUUCAAUUCUUCAGAAAUGAACUGCGAGUGAUCAGUUUUUUUAAUUGUAAACGGUAGUAUACGUCAAUCUGGUACCAACUGAGCAAUAGUAAAGAAGAACCGAUA